AAGAGAGCAAACCAAACAUCAAAUUUCUUGAUUGUAAGUUAGUAGUGGGAAAAAAAAAUGUCAAACUUCUGCGGUUUCGGAGAACUAUGUAGAUGGUCCGGAUGUAGCCACGUUAGUGGUGUAAGCUGGAACAUCAGCCCAAGCCUUGCUCUUGGUAAUCCUUGUGACGGUCCUGUCAACAUAGGCCCUGGUGCUGGGGGAAGGAAUAAUGGCUUUGCUUCUGGAAGUGUGAACAAUUUUAAUGGACAAGCCAAUUUGGCAUAGGAUUCCCUUGUCUUAAGAGUGGUGUAUGUGUUUUUUGCUUUCCUAAUUAUAGAGCAGCAGACGCUAAUGGUAUUAAAAGUCUUGACGCUGUAACUAUCAAUAAAUGCUGCUUCGUUAUAUUUGGAUAGUAUGUCCUAAUGAAAUAAUAAUUCGUUUUGUUUUUUUAAUACAUCUCAUGAUGAAUCAUACAAAAGACAAUAAUUCUACCACUUUUUCCUGAAGGUUUUUUCAGAGUUUUUGAGUUCUUAAUUGUUGUAGCUUUUUGGUUUGUAUCUGGAGUUCCCCGGUCUGUAUUUUGUUUUGGGAGUAUUUCUUAUGCUCCGUUGCUAAUAUAUUUCGUAUGAUGCU